CACACACACACACACACACACACACACACACACACACAUGCCCCCUACUCCUUUAGCUUCACAGAUGGCAGGAAGUGCUUCACAGCAUCGGAUAGACAUCAAGGUUUUGGGUUUUUUUUUGCUAGCUUCUCCUUGAAGAUUUCCUACUAAUUCUCUGCUUUUGCUAAUAUAAGUCAGUAUGGUGCACAGAUGACUGCUCGGCUGAUGGUCACCAUGGGAGCCUGCCUUUGCAAAGGUCACCAAGAGUAUCACAAUGGCCAACAGCAUCCCAUUGGAGAACUUCAUUCUUGGGCAGAAGGACACCCAACUGUCAAGGGCAAUCGUCCGCCUUUCGGUGACCCUGUGACAGACAGCAAGAACGGCAGUGGCUAUAACAUUGGGGAGCUUGCUACGUCCUCCUUGAUGGGCCUGGUGGCCACUAUCAAGGAGCACAUCACCAAGCCCACGGCAAUGGCGCAGGGCCGGGUGGCCCACCUCAUCGAGUGGAAGGGCUGGGGUGGGGAGACGCCGAUGCCGCCGCCCGCUGGUGGCAGCUGGUGCGGCUGGGGAGGAGGCGCAGGAGCCGCACUGCAGGAGGACGAGCAGCUCUACUCCCGCCUGACCGAUGAGCUCAAGGAGGCGCGCUUUGCCGCAGGGGUAGCUGAGCAGUUUGCUCUGGCUGAGGCAACACUGAACGUAUGGCCUUCACAAGACAUUGCAGACCAAGCCACAACCAGUACAGCCCCAUUACAAGGCCAAGGUGGCCUCUAUCUCUCUCAGAUUCUCAUGGACGGAGGGACCAUGGGUAUCCGGCAGCACCUGUACAGCCUACACACAGAGGCCGGUUCUGACACUGCUUCUCUGGUGCCCAGCCGCCCCAUUUUGCCCUACUUUCCCAACAGUGUGUCUCAGCCAGAGUCGCAGGGCCAUCUGCAGGAGAAGAGGACUUCACCACCCGAUGACUCCCUGUCUGAGGAUGAGGUUUUUUAUAACUGAUAUUUUCAAUACCGGGAGCUACAGGAUUUGUAGAAUUAAAAGGACUUGGAGUAUGUUUGAGUCAUUUUGAGGAAGUUAUGUUUAGGUGGGAUUUAGAGUUGUGCUAUGUGCUUGUCUGUAUGGGAAAGUGAGUACCAAGCUACCUCUGAAGAGGCUAUUGCCUUACUCAGAUGGGCACGUAGUGAAAUAAGUCCCCUUGCCAACUUUUCAAGUGAUAUUUUUGAUGGAAGAGUCAGUUUAUUGAAACAUCCACAAUGAUAUUACUCUGCUUUUUUCCCUGGUGAAAAUGGUCUUAAUCAAAUUUACAUACAAAAAUGCUUUAAAGGAACUCAGUCACAGAGUAAAAAGAAAAAUCCUUUGGUUAAGAUUGAAAUAGUAAUGUCCAUGCUAUCCUCUUUUAGAAUACCUCCCGAUCUAAAAGCAGAACUCUGCAAAGGUUUUCCAGCUGGAGAUGAUGUGGAAAUAAAAAUCUUGUUCUUGUUAAGGCAGA